GACACGACAACCCAUCGUCCCUUCGCUUUUCGAGUCCCGUUCGGAAAGCGACCUUGAGAGGAACACCCGCAAAAAUGGCUGACGAGCACUACAACGCCGAGGAGGCUGCCGAGUUGAAGAAGAAGAGACAGUUCCGCAAGUUCACCUACCGCGGUAUUGACCUCGACCAGCUCCUCGACCUCUCCUCCGAACAGCUCCGUGAUGUCGUUCACGCCCGCGCUCGUCGUCGCUUCAACCGCGGUCUGAAGCGCAAGCCCAUGGGUCUUAUCAAGAAGCUCCGCAAGGCCAAGCAGGAGGCCAAGCCCAACGAGAAGCCCGACCUCGUCAAGACCCACCUCCGUGACAUGAUCGUUGUCCCCGAGAUGAUCGGCAGCGUCAUCGGCAUCUACUCCGGUAAGGAGUUCAACCAGAUCGAAGUCAAGCCCGAGAUGGUUGGCCACUACCUGGGUGAAUUCUCCAUCUCCUACAAGCCCGUCAAGCACGGUCGUCCCGGUAUCGGUGCCACCCACUCUUCCCGUUUCAUUCCCCUCAAGUAAAGAAGAAAAGCUUUAUGGGGUGUCGUGUGGAGGAUCGGGCGUCCGGAUGUGCUGGGAGGAUCUACGAAAAAAUGGAUGGAUACCAAUAUGCAUUUCUUUGGGUUCAUCUACUUGUAUGUCAAGUGCGGGUCAGCUGUUUGCAUCUCAAUAUAAAGGUCUUGUCG